UAAAUAUAGAUCAUUGCUACUUAGAUCAAACAGUGUUUUGACGCAUUUCUAGCAAGAUGAAAUCGAUAAUUCAAGUUUUGUUUUUCGUUGCUGCUUUCUCAAAUGGCAUCGACUUAGUGUUUGGCGAGAACAAAACAACAAUGUUUCGUAGGAACCUAAAUGACGAGUUGAAAACUUUAAUGGAUGGUAAAAAUAAACUUGAUGACAUUAUUCAAACUGCGAUCAAUGAUCAUCCCGGAAACACAGCUUUGCAAUCGGUCCGGAUGGAUUUCAUAAUGAAAUUUCAUUCUACGUUCAAUGAAGUAUGCCGACUGCACAAAAUGUAUACAACAUGUUGCGAAAUGUUCGAUCCAACUUAUGUAAAAUAUUUCCAAAAAUUGAGCGCUACAAAUGACAAAGAAAAGUUGGCACGCUUUCAAACUCUGGCCAAGCAAUGGGAAGGAAGAAUUUUGAUUAAUUUCAUGGUUAAAGGAUAUAUCAGGUACAUACAAAAGAUGGUGACCGGACUUGAAGAUGAAAAUAGCAUAUUGAAUUGUGUUGUAAAUGAAGCAAAAUACCAUAAAAGAAUUGAAAUAUUCAAAGAUGAUUGGGAAGCUGCAAAAGGGAAUGCUUGGGAGAUGAGCUACCAUAUUCUACUCAAUUUGCCGAAACAUAGAUGCCUACCACUAGUUGAAGAAUUUGAAUCGGAAUUGAAACAAUUUGACUAAUGAUUUUGAUAAUUUGAUGUUUAAUCAUGUUUCGAUAAAAUAUACUUGUAAAACCUGUUCAGAAAUAAACAAGAUCCAAUAAGAUCCCAA